UACGUGGGUGGUAACGUCUCAGGGGCCCAUCUCAAUCCAGCCUUCUCCCUGGCCAUGUGCAUCGUUGGACGCCUCCCCUGGGUCAAGCUCCCCAUUUACAUCUUGGUGCAGUUGCUGUCUGCUUUCUGUGCUUCGGGAGCCACCUAUGUUCUCUACUAUGAUGCCCUACAGAACUAUACAGGUGGCAACCUGACAGUGACUGGCCCCAAGGAAACAGCCUCCAUUUUUGCCACCUAUCCUGCCCCCUAUCUGUCCCUGAACAAUGGCUUCCUGGAUCAGGUUCUGGGCACCGGUAUGCUGAUGGUGGGGCUCUUAGCCAUCCUGGACAGACGGAACAAGGGAGUCCCUGCGGGUCUGGAGCCUGUGGUGGUGGGGAUGCUGAUCCUGGCCAUCGGGUUAUCCAUGGGUGCCAACUGUGGGUUUCCACUCAACCCUGCCCGGGACUUGGGCCCACGUCUCUUCACCUACGUGGCUGGCUGGGGUCCUGAAGUCUUCAGUGCUGGUAAUGGCUGGUGGUGGGUGCCUGUGGUGGCCCCUCUGGUGGGGGCCACCCUUGGCACAGCCACUUACCAGCUAUUGGUGGCUCUGCACCACCCUGAGGACCCAGAGCCAGCUCAGGAUCCGGUGUCUGCCCAACACAAAGCCUCAGAGUUGGAAACUCCUGCCUCAGCUCAGAUGCUGGAGUGUAAGCUAUGAUUAGGACAACCCUCACUUCACUCAUGGACCCUGGAGCCUGGGAGCAAGUUAUUCUUCCUCUUUGUUAAUGUGC